AUGUCUCAAAUGUCUCAACAAGACAAUAUUUCUUCUUUUAUUAAUUGGAAACGAUCAAUUAGACCACCAUUUCCACCAAAUAUCAAUCCAAAAGAUUUAAUAAAAAAAUCUAGAGAUGGAGUUUAUAUAAGAGCUCCUAAUGCUUUUAUCAUUUAUCGUAAAUUGUUUAUUGAAACUUCUAGAAAUGAAGGUUAUUAUUUACCAAUGACCGUUAUUUCUGUUAUGUCUUCACAAUCUUGGGAACAAGAAUCUGAAAUGGUAAAAAAUGAAUAUAAAAGAAUUGCUAAAGAAGCUUUUGAUUAUAGAAAAGAAUUGAUUCCUAAGACUAAACAACGUAGAAAAAGAGAGAAAUGGAACAUUGUUUCUUUUGAAAAUAAUAAUAAUUCCUCUGUUAAGAAAAUAAUUAAUUCAUCAAAUGAUAAUCAUGAUGAUAAAUUAUUAAUAUUACAACAUGAACAAAAGUUACAAAAUCAAACUCCUUAUAGUAUUUCAUCACCCUUUCAAGAAAAUUCCAAAUUUGAUUUUAAUUUUCCUCAACAUUUAGUAUCUCCUCCUACUCCAGAAAUUUCAAUUGAAAAUAAUAAUUUUUUUGAAAUGGAAAAUGAAAAUUUAUUAGAAUUUCAAAAUGUUUGUACAUUACAAAAUAUUUGUACAAAUUCCAACAAUUUUAAUUCUUAUGAAUUGAACGAUCAAUUUUAUGAAUUUACGCCAAUUGAUAAAUAUUACGAAUCUCAUAAUAUACAACAAGAUGAAGUACAAAAUUAUCAACAAGUUGAAACAACAUACAGCACUUACAUUGAUGGUCUUGAAAUAUAUUAUUAA